AGUUCAUGAUCGGACAGAACAACAAGAAGAGACCGUUUAGAUCUUUUGUGAGUUUGACGGAGACUGAGAUUCACUUCAGUGACGAGAAAUGGCUCAGAGAGGAAAUCAGCUGGACCGAGAAAGAUUCUGCUGUUCGAUGUGUUUGGAUCUUCUGAAGGAUCCGGUGACUCUUUCCUGUGGACACAGCUACUGUAUGACCUGUAUCAACAACCACUGGGACAAAGAGGAUGAGAGGAUGAUCUACAGCUGUCCUCAGUGUAGAGAGACCUUCAGACUGAGACCUGACCUGAAGAAAAACACCAUGUUAGCAGAUUUAGUGGAGGAGUUGAAGAAGACUGACGUUCACGCUGCUCCUGCUGAUCACUGCUAUGCUGGAGCUGAAGAUGUGGCCUGUGAUGUCUGCACUGGCAGGAAAUACAAAGCUCUGAAGUCCUGUUUGGUUUGUUUGGCCUCUUACUGUGAGGAACAUCUCCAGCCUCAUCAUCAGUCACCUCCAUUAAAGAAACACAAGCUCGUGGAGCCCUCCAAGAACCUCCAGGAGAACAUCUGCCCUCUUCAUGACGAGGUGAUGAAGAUGUUUUGCCUUACUGAUCAGCAGUGUAUCUGUUAUCUCUGCUCUGUGGACGAACAUAAAGACCAUGACACGGUCUCAGCUGCAGCAGAAAGGAAGCAGAAGCAGAAGGAGCUGGAGCUGAGUCUAGAAGAAACCCAGCAGAGACUCCAGGACAGAGAGAAGGGUGAGGAGGUGCUGGAUCAGGAGGUAAAGGCAGUCAGUCUCUCUGCUGAUAAAGCAGUGAACGACACUGACAAGAUCUUCACUGAGAUGAUUGAUGUCCUGCAGAUAAGAAGCUCUAAGGUGAAGCAGCAGAUCAGAUCCAAGCAGGAAACUGAAGUGAGUCGAGUCAAAGACGUUCAGAAGAAGCUGCAGCAGGAGAUCACUGAGCUGAAGAGGAGAGAAGCUGAACUGAAGCAGCUUCUGAACUCAGAGGAUCACACCCAGUUUCUCCUCAACUACCGCUCACUGUCAGCACUCAGUCCAUCUACACACUCGUCCACCAUCAACAUCCAACCUCAAAGAUACUUUGAGGACAUGAUGGCAGCUGUGGCAAAGGUCAGAGGUCAACUACAGGAUGUUCUGACUGGGACAUGGACAAACCUCUCGCUGACAGUGACUCCAGAUGAUGCUUUACUGCCACAACCAGAACAAAAGACCAGAGCUGAAUUCCUCAUAUAUUCACAGGAAAUCACACUGGAUCCAGACACAGCUCACACACAGCUGUUUUUAUCUGAGGGAAACAGAAAAGUGACAUUAAUGAAUGAAAAACAGUCUUAUCCACAUCACACAGACAGAUUCACUGAUUGGCGUCAGGUCCUGAGUAAAGAGAGUCUGACUGGGCGCUGUUACUGGGAGGUGAAGUGGAGAGGAGCAGGAGGAGCUAAUGUCGCAGUGACGUACAAGAACAUCAGCAGAUCAGGAAGAUCACAAGAAUGUGGAUUUGGAAACAACGACAAAUCUUGGGCUUUGUAUUGUGCCAACUUCCGUUGUGACUUUUAUCACAAAAGUAUCAAGACUAAAGUCAUGAAAGAAUAUGCAACCACUGGGACAAAGAGGAUGAGAGGAUGAUCUACAGCUGUCCUCAGUGUAGAGAGACCUUCAGACUGAGACCUGACCUGAAGAAAAACACCAUGUUAGCAGAUUUAGUGGAGGAGUUGAAGAAGACUGACGUUCACGCUGCUCCUGCUGAUCACUGCUAUGCUGGAGCUGAAGAUGUGGCCUGUGAUGUCUGCACUGGCAGGAAAUACAAAGCUCUGAAGUCCUGUUUGGUUUGUUUGGCCUCUUACUGUGAGGAACAUCUCCAGCCUCAUCAUCAGUCACCUCCAUUAAAGAAACACAAGCUCGCGGAGCCCUCCAAGAACCUCCAGGAGAACAUCUGCCCUCUUCAUGACGAGGUGAUGAAGAUGUUUUGCCGUACUGAUCAGCAGUGUAUCUGUUAUCUCUGCUCUGUGGACGAACAUAAAGACCAUGACACGGUCUCAGCUGCAGCAGAAAGGAAGCAGAAGCAGAAGGAGCUGGAGCUGAGUCUAGAAGAAACCCAGCAGAGAGAAGGGUGAGGAGGUGCUGGAUCAGGAGGUAAAGGCAGUCAGUCUCUCUGCUGAUAAAGCAGUGAACGACACUGACAAGAUCUUCACUGAGAUGAUUGAUGUCCUGCAGAUAAGAAGCUCUAAGGUGAAGCUUAAUUAUGACGUUGCUAUAUAUACACAGAAUAUGCUAACAGCAUAUAUAUGUUUAUAUAUAUAUGUAUAUAUAUAUAUACAUAUAUAUAUAUAUGGAGAGAGAGAGAGAGAGAGAGAGAGAGAGAGACAUGUAUAUACUGCCAAAUGAGUAAUCAUUUGAAAAAUUUUGAUUUUUUUUUGGGAAUUGGGAUCUUUGGGAUAUUUUAAUUAUCUUUCAGGUAAAUAUUAUACAUAAUAAAUAAAUGAAAUAACAGUAAACCCUCUUCAGCUUGUUUUUUAAAAUGAAAUAAAUUACUAUUUAACAGAAAUGAUUAGUGUGAACCUACGUCUCUUACUCUUAAAGUUAAAAUCCUUGUUUAUCAACACGCAUAUGUAUAUUACUUUUUGUUGAAAUGUUGAUUUUUCCUGAUCUUUUAUUUCUUACUGUUCCGUCUGGUUUCGUAUGCAAACUGGGGUUCCUAAAUUGAGUUUUGGAAAGUGAAUUAAUUGUACAAAUAAAAUGGCUUUUUUUUAUUAUUUAUUUUUAAUUAUUGGAGUCCAUUUUGUUAAAAAGAACAACAUUAAAGCAGGGAAAUCCCAUUUCAUUGCCAUUUUUAAAAUACUGUGUUGUUCGGCUCUUUGUCUCUUACUUUUGUUUGAAAUGUGUCUUUCAGUGUUGAGCCCUCAGCGUGUUCAAAUGUUUGACAUAAUUAUAUUAAUUGUGGCUUAUUAGUGCAUAUCCUACCUGACAACAUACUAUGACAAUGACUUUACAAGAGGCUCAAAAUACGUUCUAAAAAAAAAAAAAAGGGACCAAACUACAUCAAUCUAGUCUUCAAAGAAAUUUGUAUUUAUUUUACCCACAACAUUAAAUUUACCUGGAGACAGAGCUCACUUCUGUCCACUCAAGUUUCACGAGCAGGACUUUAAAAAAAAAACAAAAAAAAAAACUCUCUGGUCUCAUUGCUGUGAUCGCCUGUCAAUCAGACACUGUGGGCAGGUCCUUUGGCAUCAUAUAAUUAACUCAAACCGAUCCUCUACCAGGAAUGAAGCUGAACCUGUAAACUCCUCCUCUGAUGAUGAUGCUGAUCUUCAACAUAAUCAGGUUUUCUUUGACAGGCUGAGCAGUUCAUGAUCGGACAGAACAACAAGAAGAGACCGUUUAGAUCUUUUGUGAGUUUGACGGAGACUGAGAUUCACUUCAGUGACGAGAAAUGGCUCAGAGAGGAAAUCAGCUGGACCGAGAAAGAUUCUGCUGUUCGAUGUGUUUGGAUCUUCUGAAGGAUCCGGUGACUCUUUCCUGUGGACACAGCUACUGUAUGACCUGUAUCAACAACCACUGGGACAAAGAGGAUGAGAGGAUGAUCUACAGCUGUCCUCAGUGUAGAGAGACCUUCAGACUGAAAUGAAAUGAAUUACUAUUUAACAGAAAUGAUUAGUGUGAACCUACGUCUCUUACUCUUAAAGUUAAAAUCCUUGUUUAUCAACACUCAUAUGUAUAUUACUUUUUGUUGAAAUGUUGAUUUUUCCUGAUCUUUUAUUUCUUACUGUUCCGUCUGGUUUCGUAUGCAAACGGGUUCCUAAAUUGAGUUUUGGAAAGUGAAUUAAUUGUACAAAUAAAAUGUUUUUUUUUAUUAUUUAUUUUUAAUUAUUGGAGUCCAUUUUGUUAAAAAGAACAACAUUAAAGCAGGGAA